CCGAAAUUCGAGCAAAGAAAAGCACGAUUACAGCGGCGCGGGGGUAGCUGCCGGUGCAGCUGCCGGCGCCGCUGCGCUACCACCAGCACUACCCCUAGCCCCCCCGCCCUUGUUCUCAACGCUGCCCCGGUCCGGAUCGGCGACCGGGUCGGUCUGCAGCGCCGCGGGCGGUGCUGCCGGGGAAGGCGUGCCGGUACUAGGUACGCAGCAGCAAAUAAGUGCUGGAUCGGGGAGUGGUCCGGUUAUUGUUGGUGAGCAGAAGGAUCAUCUUCACGCAGCCGGUUGUGAUGAUGUUCCGGUUUCUUCUUCUUCUUCUCCCCCAGCACAGAAGGACCUCCACGUGGAGGUAAACGGAACGAGCGGACGGGAGCAAGCGUUUUGCGCUUCCAACGCGCUGGACAACGGUGCUGCAUCCGGAUCACCUCCACCGAGUAGCGAGGAAGGCGCCACGGCGCGGCGACAAGAUCCGCAAGACCGCGCCUGCUCUAGCGCAGGAGGAGAAGGACAAGGAGGAGAGAUUGCCUCUCCAGGUUGUGUCGUCCCUGCAGCCGCUGCACCAGACGCUGCUCCGGUAGAGUCGUCGGCCGCACCUUGCGGACGUACGAUCUUCGUUGACCGCGAAAUGAGAGCCACGUCGCAGCUAUCGAAUGCAAAUAGGUCUGGGUCUGGGACAAGUAGGCGCGUUUCAUUUGUCAUGCACUCAGAAGUAUCUUCUUCGCAGAUGUUUCCGCAAGAGAUUCAUCUUCAGGCCCAUUCCGCAUGAGAUGAAAAUCGCUUUUUUUUAUGCAAAGAAUUGAAUUUUUAGGUAUAUUUUGGUCUUCAUACAACACAGAGUUUUGUGCGAUUCAGUUUUAUUGGCAUGACAAGUUCCAGCGUUCCAGACCCAGACAUUUUUGCACUUGAUAGCAGCGGGCGUCCUCCGCGCCACCUGACAGCCCGAAGGACUAUGCACUUGAAACAGGUGGUCUGGGUCUGGAAACUUGUCAUAUUAUGAAAAAGAAUUUUAACGCGGAGCCAUGAGAAAUUUUUGGGCGACUACGUCUUCCGUGAAGUGCAUGACAACGCACAUACAUGCAUGACAAAACACCAACUGCCCCAGGAUGAUCGCAACACGUCGCAUGGCCACAGUUUUAUCUUUCUCUGUCAGCGGCCACGCAUGGCAAGCACCCGCAGACCGAGAUUGCGGUGUUUGCAACAUGCAUAAAAACCCGUCGCGAGGAAUCAAGCUGCCCUUCGACCCCUGCGACCUGGGGAUUUUUGGUGCCGCCGCGGCGGUCCACCCAGCGCGGCGAGGCGCGUCGGCAUCGGCAGCGACACAGACCACGGAUGCGGAGGGCGCGGGUCAACAAGACGACGAGCAAGGACACGACGGCAGCAAGAAGUGCUCGUCCACGGCUGGCAACCACGUCAGGCUGCACGGGAACCAAGCUCCACCCGCGUCUGGGGGCGCAGCUUCCUGUCAAACGACCUCACGACUGACGGGAGAAGGAGCUGCUUCAACAUCUUCUGAUGACGUACUACAGCAUCAAGGUACAACAACCUCUACUACGGUUGCAGAUACCAACAUGGUCCACAGGAGCGGCAAGAUCGAAUUCGCCUCUUCCUCCGAAGCAAGUGCGCUCACGGACGGAGACAACAGCUUCGACCCCGCUGGCGCGGACGCGAACAACACCAGCCAAGGGGGUGGCGUUCUUUUUGCUUUUCGUGGUCGCGAGAACAAAAUUUCGGACAACAAGAUAGAUGUGGCAUCGAAGAUGUUGCCGGCCCCCGCUACUAUCGAAGUCAGUACUUCUUCGCACGAAUCCUCGCAGGAAGGCGCAGGAGCAGAUGGCGCGGACACAAAAAAUAAUGCGAGAGCUGCAACUUCGUUCCCAGAUGGAGCUGAAAGACAAAAAACGGCACUACAAGACGCAAAUGCGAGCUCAACGGUCCCGAUCGCUAGUACAACGGGGGAUGAAAAUGAGCCCGCCCCAGGUGCUCCCCCUCCGCCCUUCCUUCCAGACGCGCGAAUUAUACAGCCUGUAACGCAGUCGGGGUUGACGCUGGCACAGAUUCUGCAGCGCGGCGGGACACUCACAAAGCCUCUGUGGUACAGAAAAUUUGUUCUGCGUUGCACAGGAAGUUCUUGCAUCAAAUUCAGACGUUAUGGGAUGAGGGUGCGCUUGAGUUUGGUUUAUUAUUUUACGAGUAUUCGCAAAACAAAAUGAAUUUCAGGCCGUUGUCCGCGAUGAUUCCACUGAAGAGCGCAGCGGGAGCUCCUGGCUCCGGAGUUUCCAGCCUCCCCCUGAGCGGGACGACGACGACCGGAACUUUCCUUCGACCUGAAGAGGACGCGCCGCCAGGAGCAGGGGCUCCGCCGCCGCACAAAGAUCUUCUCAGGCAAGGCCGAGGAGGACCUGGCAAGAAACCCGAAGAAGACGACGAAGAUAUCAAAAUGAAAAAUUACACACCCUCCCCCGCCGGCCUUUUCAAGAAACGGAGCAUGAUUUGGGAUCACAAAUCGAGAAGUUGUCAUGCUAGAAGCUGCGAAGAGAUCAAGAGCAUCAACAGGCAGACUGUAGUGCUGCCGGGCGUGGGAACAAGUCCACAACAGGCCUUACAUCCUCAAGAUAGCAUUUAGAAUGGCUUGCAAGCUAGGCCGCUCGCAUGUCUCGUUGCGCUCUAGCAAGAACGCAGUUCCAUUUAUCAUGUACGGUACACAACUCUUCAGCAUCACACUUUUGGUUUUGGUACGUAUAGUAAGUACGUACGAGGAGGGGGAAUUUUUCCGUAGAAGAGAAGAUCCCGGCUUCGUUCCGCCCGUGGAUCAUCAGGAGCAAGCCACGCUCGGGGAACAGGAGGAACCGAUCCGCCAGGAGGAGCCGUGCAAACAGGAACAAAAUCAAAAUUCAUCUUCCGAGGCGGCGACGGCGAAGGGCCCCCACACUGAUGGUAAUAAUGAACAACCAGCAACAAGUUGUACUACAACAAAAAGUUCGUCGAGCGCGGCAUGUACUUCUAACAGCGCCGACGCCGGCAGCGGGGGAGAAAAUCCGCAGGUCGCCGGGAAGGAAGGAGUAUCUUCUAUCAUUUGUAAAAACGUCCCCACACCAUAGUCAAGAUGGGGAUUUUGCAGCACAAACCUAGACCUUUUGGGAGUCACGCAUGACAAGUUGCAGACUAUAGUGUAGUGCAGCUUAGCAAGGGACGCCGCAUAACAAAUCCGUCUCCUUAUCCUGUUUACAGCAUUACAAGUUCCAAAAUACGAUGGGCAAUGUCUCUCAUGGGGAUGCGCAUUACAAAUGCUCUUGUGCUUGCAAAUCUGCAUGACAACUCUGGUGUGGGUACGUUUUUACAUAGGAUAUCUUCAAAUGGUUGUUCUACAACCGCUGCCACUUCCGGUGCCGUGGACUGCGACGCCAAAGGUUCACCGACGUCGGCGGAUUUGUUUUCAUCCAGUGCGGCAGGUGGACAACAAUCCGAAGGCUGUAGCACUUAUUUCCCAGGAGAACAACAAAAGGACAGCAGCGCGGCGCAGUCCGCGAGGGCGCAGGCCGGCGCCAUGGCAGGAGCCCGGGCAGAGGAAGUGGGCCAAAAGCGACGGUGGUUUGUUCCGGGCUGGUCCUGGUUGCAACGAGCAGGCUCCACUUCUGCUGCCGCGGGGGCAGCUGCUGCCACGGCUGCUGAAGCUCCCGCUGGACGACACGGGGCCUGGGACCACAACGCCGCAGCAGCGGGGACAACGACGUUGGCCGCAGGGACGGGCGGGGAUGCUGCUGUGACCGGGCCAGGCAGGGAGACGGGAGGCGCGGUGGAACAUGAAAGUUGGUAUUCCAGUACUUCUACUGGGACAGCAGGAGGAACAGCAGCAGCAGCAGGAGCUCCAAGUGGUACAACAAGGCGCGUCAGCGACGAUCUCGCUCUCCCAGACAGCUUGUCUCCGGAGGAGGAGCGCGUUCUAGUGGAAGCGAGUGCCGGAAUAAAACUAGCUCGUGCUGUCGCGCCAGCAGGCCACGACACGCCGGUGUUCGUCUCGGAGUUGCUGGAACCGGGCGCGAGAAAAGACGCGGCCGCGGCGGAUCCAACGCAGCAGAAAAAGCUGCUGGCCGGCGGACGCAAUGAAGGUCCUUCUAUACUGCUGUCACAGGAGCCGGAAACACGAUCACUGCUACCAGGUGGGGGCGAUGUCGAAGGGCUGGCGACGCUGGCGCCGCACGAAGAUGAGCGUUU